AUGGAAGCGUCGAUCGCACCUAACUCUUCCACCAUCGUCCGCCCGCCCACACAUGAAUCAACAUCUGCUGGCCUGGAUCGCUGCUGGACCUUGAAUGAUGGGUAUUCCUAUUGUCCAGCGGAAAAGAACCAGCCCCCGAAGUCGGAGCAUUCCCCUGAACAGGAGUUUAUAGUAGAUUGGGAUGAGAACGACAAGUCUAACCCAAGGAAUCUUGGGCUGGCUCGCCGCUGGGUGAUUGUGAUUCUGGUUUCUGCCGGGUCAUUGUGUGUAACAUGCACUUCGUCAAUCUACACAACAGCUUACGUGCAGAUCCUUCCGGAAUUUCACAUUUCUCAAAUCGUUGCCACGCUAGGCCUUUCCUUUUUCAUCUGGGGAUUGGUGGCUCAAAAUGCAGAGACUCUAAUCAUUGGUCGCUUUUUCUCGGGUCUAGCAGGAAGUGCCUUCCUCAGUGUGGCGGGAGGUACUGUGGGCGAUCUUUUCGCACGCCAUGAGCUGGCAGCUCCCAUGAUGGUUUACACUGCAAGCCCUUUUAUUGGACCAGAGCUGGGCCCAUUGCGUUGGUCCUUCUAUGUGCUCAUGAUCUGGACCGGGGUGCUGCUCAUCGCUAUCAUCGUUUUUCAGAUACGCAUCGACACAGGUGAUGAAAGAUGGAAAAGCCAAAUGGAAAUCAAGAUGCAGACAUUCCUCGCUACUAUCACCAAAUCGAUCUACCGCCCCAUUCUUCUCCUCACUUUGGAGCCAAUGUGUUUGAAUCUCUGCAUCUUCUCGGCUAUUCUACUCGGCAUCUUGUACCUCUUUUUCGGUGCAUUCCAGCUCAUAUUCGAUCAAGUGUACGGGUUUACAUUGUGGCAAAGAGGAUGCAGCUUUCUUGGACUUCUGGUCGGAAUGGUAAUCGCCAUCUUCACAGAUCCAUUCUGGCGUUGGAACUACACAAGGCUCGAGCGCGCAUCUGCAGCGGUAUCUGAGCCGGUGAAGUAUCAGCCCGAGUGGCGCUUACCCCCUGCGAUUGUCGGGGCACCAUUGGUUACAAUCGGAUUAUUCAUUUUUGCUUGGACUGUUUAUCCCAAUGUCCACUGGAUCAGUGCCAUCAUCGGCAGUGGAAUUUUUGGUGCAGGAACUAUUCCAGUCUACUCGGGAAUCUUUACAUUCCUGGUGGAUGCUUAUCCCGAAUACGCAGCAAGUGCGUUGGCAGCGAACAGUUUUGCAAGAUCUACCUUUGGUGGUGUUUCCCCAUUGUUUGGCACUCAAAUGUACCAUCGCUUGGGUUAUCAUUGGGCGACAACUCUUCUGGCCUUGCUUACUCUGGUCAUGGCACCAUUCCCAUUCAUAUUCUUCAAAUACGGAUCGCGGAUUCGACAGGGAAGCAAAUUUGCAGCAACCCUUUGA